AUGAGAAAAUCUUCAAUCUCUCUCUUCUCCCACCUCACUCGCCUGAGACUCAAAUCCUCCGCUCCUCCUCUUCUUUCCAGAAAUUACAUUUCCGACCACCCUUUCUCUUCCCCCUCUCUGCCGCCGGUCUUAUCGGCACGUUUCAGUCCUUGUGCCAUAACCCAUGAAUCGGUCUCCCAAAACAGUCUAUUCCAAGCAAACCCAUCUCGAAAUAUGAACACCCUCGUCGAAUCAUCGCCUCAAAUUUCCUCCAGGUAGAGAAAAUCCAUGGAAAAAUCGAACCUUGAAAAAGCUUUCCAGUCUGCAAAAACCACCGAAGAAAUGCUUGCGGCUUUCAAGGCCAUGAAGUCGGCUUUUGAAGAGAGGGUGCUCGGCAUGGCUGCUCUGAAAGUCGGUCUCAAGCUUGACCAGGACCAAGAAGGUGAAGAUCCUGAAAAGGCUCUAUCUUUUGCUACCAGAGCAUUGAAGGCUUUGGAUAGAGAUGAUAGCGGUAAGCCCUCUUUGGUUGUUGCCAUGGCUUUACAAUUGAUGAGUUCUGUUAAUUUUGGAUUGAAAAGGUUUAAUGAUAGUUUGGGGUACCUUAAUAGGGCUAAUAGAGCAUUGGGUAGAUUAGAGGAGGAGGAUUUUGAUGUUUGGGAUCUUAGGCCGGUGUUACACGCUGUGCAGCUUGAAUUGGUGAAUGUGAAGAUGGCAAUGGGGAGGAGAGAUGAGGAUUUGGAAGUGUUGGAGAUUAAGGAAUUGAUGUUGGAGAAAGAUAGUACUGAACUUGGCAAGGGACACCGUUUGGCAGAGGCAUAUGUAACUCUUUUGAACUUUAAGGAUGCAUUAGGAUUCUGUAUGAAGGCAUUGGAGAUUCACAAAGAAAAGUUGGGGCAGAAUUCGGUUGAGGUUGCGCAUAACAUGAGGCUUUUUGCGGUUAUUUAUAAAGGGUUGGAGGAGCAUGAGAGGGCAUUGGAGCAAAAUGCAUUGUCACAAAGGGUUUUGAAGAAUUGGGGUCUUAGUUCCAACUUUCUUCAUGCGGAUAUUGAUGCUGCUAAUAUGCAGAUUACCCUGGGAAACUUUGACGAGGCUAUUAAAACUUUGAAGCGUGUUGUUUAGCAGAUAGAUAAGGCAAGUGAGACUAGGGCACUGGUGUUUAUCUGGAUGGGAAAAGCAUUAUGUAAUCAGGAAAGAACGGCAGAUGCAAAGAGAUGUUUGGAGCUUGCUUGUGGAAUUUUUGACAAGAGAUAGACAGUCUCUCUAGUAGAUGUUUCCGAAGCAUACUCGGAGAUAACAAUGCAAUAUGAAACUAUGAAUGAGUUUGAAACUGCAAUUUCACUGUUAAAAAGAACAUUGGCUUUGCUUGAGAGGCUCCCACAAGAACAGCACUCUGAAGGAAGUGUUUCAGCUAGAAUAGGGUGGUUACUUCUGUUGACCGGCAAGGUCUCACAUGCUAUUCCUUACUUGGAGAGUGCAGCUGAAAGGUUGAAAGAGAGCUUUGGUCCCAAGCAUUUUGGCGUCGGCUAUAUUUACAAUAACUUGGGGGCAGCAUAUUUAGAACUAGAGAGACCUCAGUCAGCUGCACAGAUGUUUACUAUUGUGAAGGACAUCAUGGAUGUCUCACUGGGUCCCUAUCAUGCUGAUUCAAUUGAGUCAUGCCAGAACCUCUCAAAAGCAUAUGCUGCCAUGGGAAGCUUUGUCCUUGCAAUCCAAUUCCAGCAGCGAGUGGAUGCUUGGGAAGGCCACGGACCAAGUGCUGAAGACGAACUCAAAGAAGCACACCGAGUUCUCGAGCAAUUGAAGUUUAAAUCCCGUAACACAUUUGCAAGUAAUGAAUUUACUACAAAGGCCUUACCUAUACCCCAGACCCAAACGCAUGCAUCUGACAGGAGUUCACAAGGCCGAUUUGCUGUGAAUUAAAAGUGUUU